CGCCCUUAGCCUUUCAGUCCACGUUUUACUCUAGCAGGGAUGGUGUCCUUAAAUACAGUAGGUAAAGAUGGGCAACAGUGCCUGCUCCUGUAAGUGUUGCCGUUUGCUGUGUUCAGAGGAAGAAGAUACAGUUAUCAACAAACAAAUGUUUAUAUCGAUCACUGAAUAUGCCUGUAAUUCACUGAGUGAUCAGAAGCUCAAUGUGGGUGAUCUCUUGGAGGUGACUGAGGAAGGACAACACUGGGUGUAUGCAAAGAGAUUCACAGUGAAGGGUGCCAAGAAAGGAUUUAUUGAAGAACAGCUCUACGUACCGAGAGAUUUUCUCAAACCAGUGGGUAGUUUGGAGGCACAGUCAUGGUAUUUUGAAAACAUCACAAAGCGCACUGAGGCCAAAAGAUGUUUGCUGAGACCAGAAAACAGUGAGGGUGCAUUUCUUGUGUGGAGAAGUACAGAGAAUAAUUGUUACUACCUUUCAGUAAAGAAUGGGCCCUAUGCACGGCAUUACAGAAUUAGGGAAAGAGAAUCUGACAAACGGUUUUACCUUGUUAAUCGGAAAACAUUUCAGACCCUUCCUGAGUUAGUGCAAUCAUAUUCCAAGGAUCAGGAUGGACUUUGUGCACGCCUUAACCUCCCUUGUGUUAUGCUGGACAAACCAUCCCUUCCCAGCCUCUCUUAUGAGGAACAAUGGGAAAUCGACCAAAGCUCUCUGACCAAAGUGAAGAAGCUUGGCAGUGGGGAAUUUGGAGAAGUGUGGCACGGGGUGUGGAACAAUGUAAUAGACGUGGCUAUUAAAGAGUUUCGAGUCAUCAGCCCAGAUAUUCAGACAGAGAUAAAGAUCAUGAAGGAGCUUCGGCAUAAGCACCUGCUCAGGCUAUAUGCUGUGUGCACUGUUCAUGAGCCCUUCUGUAUUAUCACCGAGCUCAUGAGAAAUGGAAGCUUGAAGAAAUACCUCAUCAUUCACAAAGAGUUGAGAGAUAUUGAGUUUGCGCUCAUGGUGGACUUUGCAGUGCAGAUUACAGAAGGGAUGGCAUACUUGGAGAGCAAGAACAUUGUUCACAGAGACUUGAGAGCUGAUAACAUUCUACUCACUGAAAUGUUGUCCUGCAAGAUAGCAGAUUUUGGACUAGCUCAGUAUACUUUGUCCCAAGAGAAACAAUUAUCUUCAGUUAAAGUCCCAGUAAAAUGGAUGGCACCCGAGAUCUUCGCUGGAAAGGACUACACAAAAAAGUGUGAUGUCUGGUCUUUUGGGAUCCUCUUGACUGAAAUGAUCACAUACGGAAAUGAUCCAUACCCAGACCUUGACAAUGUAGCUUGUGUUCAGGCCAUUCAGAGGGGUUACAGGAUGCCACAACCAGCAGACUGCCCAGUAACACUGUAUGAUAUCAUGUUGCUAUGCUGGCAUUCCAACCCUGAUGAAAGGCCCACGUUCAUGGAACUUCAGGAAAGGUUAACUACUCUGAUCCCUGAACCCGCUGUGGUGCUUGAUUAGAACUUUGCUGAUGAUAUAUACAGACAUACAGAUAUAUACUACAUGAUAUAUACAGUAAAAAAAUAAAACCUACAAAUAUAUUCAAACAAAAUGCUGCUGCAUUGAUAUUAGCUGUUGUGAUGCUAAUGUAUUUAUACAGAAAGUCUUUUUGAUCAUCCAGCUUUCAAUUUAAAGCAAAAAUGCAAGAUGUG